CGUUGUUACUUUCCUGUUGAUGAAAUACUCCGACGAUUAAUCACUAGAUCGGAGAAGGAGAACAAUCGUUUGUGCAUAAAAUCCAUGAAAUAACUGAUUAAAUAGAAACAAAGAUUCAGAAUCAAAUUUCUUUUGGAAUAAAAAUGGUGAAAGGAAAAAUGAAUCCCCCUAGAAAAGAUGAUACAAUUACAGUUAUUGUUUGCUGAACACACGCCAGCAGGAUUAAUCCCGAAAGUUGAGAACCACGAGGAAGAUAUCCCGAGGGUUGGGAGAUGGGAUAUAUACCAGAUUUCUGAUUACAUUUGGAAAACAGACAUGACACAGUUUUCGCCAACUCCUAGCUUUGUGGCUGAGUUUUCACAGCUUGAGAAGCAGCUGGGUAUAUCAACCGUGGUACCCAGCAAGGACGACCUGCAAAGUUGGCUGAAAGCGCAAACUAUUGAGAAUAGCCAUCUGAAAGAGCAACUGCAAGAAAAGCAAGCAAUGCUUAAAGCAGUGUAUGCAAUUGCAAGAGAAGGGAUAUCAGAAGGGGACCUUUCAGGAACAGCGGAAUUCAAGGUUCACAAAUUUAGUUGCCAAAUUAUGCAAGCAAUGGGUAUUGAUCCUUACAAAGUGACCCAGGAAGAGUUUAUGCAACAUGAAGAUGAUGUACAUGGAGGUACUGAGCAUGGAGCUACUGAGCAUGAAGAAGAAGAGUUACAAUUAGUUGAGACAGAGCAACAAGGAGAUGGAAGUACUGAGCAAGAGAAAGAGAAAGAUGAUGCGGAAACUUCCUUCAAUGAAGAAUUUCCAUGUAUGAGCCUUGCAGCUGGAAAUACGCCAACAAUUCUGCAAGCUCAAACUGCUGCAGAGGGGCACAAAAGACCACUCAGGACAUAUAGUUCGAGUAUGAAGAGUGUGACAACUUGCAAGACUCCACCAAAGAAAAGGCCUGUCGCAAAGCAAAAGCCCACUCCUACAAAUAAUGUUGAUGAGGAGCAGAAGAAAGAUGUUGAAGAGACACCUGUUACGGAUGAGGCACAGAAGAAAGCUGCAGAUGGUGGAGUUGUGGAUGGGGCAGGUGAUGAUGUAGCUGCAAAAGCCGUAGGUGAUGAUGUUACUGCAAAAGUCAAUGAGGAUACACCUGGAACUUUUGAUGACAGUUCUGCUUCAACACAGUUUGAGGACUCCAUGGUGAUAACUGCUACAACACCGCAAACACAGCCUGACAAUGCUCAGACCUACAGGUUGGUGCAACUAGGAGCUAACCCUGAUGAUAUGACGAAUGUUGAAGUGAGUGAAAUGAUAGAUGAGAUCGUCAGCAACAUUAACAAAACUGAACAUGGACCCGCAGUGACGGAGAAUGCAGAACCUACCUCAACUGCUACAACGCAGGAAAACGUUUUUAGCCUUGGAUUAGAAAAAACUCCAAAACCUGCAGGAGAGUUACUAAAGGAAGCUGCGAAUACAAUAAGAGAAAGGCAACCAUCAUUAAUACAACAACGUGUGUUGAGGAAUAGAAAAAUCCCAACACAAGAUCUGAAACAAUAUCAAAGAAAUUCAAAGAGGAUUAAGAAGACAGCUAAUGAAGAAGAAAUGGCCGCAGUUCCAUAAGUAGAAGAAGAUAGAAUGGCUGAGGUUGCUGAAGAAGAUGAUGGAACAAUGAGAAACGAUGUGAAAGGUUCAGAAGUUAUCGAAAGGCUGGAAGGCGAG